AGUAGGUUAGUUAUUUAACUUCAACUAUUUAUUGAAUUCAUUAUUAAUUUCCACAUUUUCCACACGAAUCCGCCUCACCCCGUUAUUGUUUUUAUAGGCACGCAAGUUCUAGUACAGACCAAUAAAAAUUUCUGAAAAACAUGUUUAAAAACAUUAGUUUUCUGUUCCUUUUUGCAAUGGCCCUGUUUUCCUGGGCUGUGCUCUGUCUCCAGCAUGCGGUUGAGAUCCAGAAACGUUCUACCUCCGAUUAUCGUGUGGAAUUCUACACAGAGCGUCCCGGGAUUACGUUUGAGCCGCAUGUGUUCCACAACCCCUCGGGAACCUUGAGCGGCGCAUUCGAUUUCACGAUGAGCUUCUGGGUUAUACUCGCACUGACCUUUGGCCUUUCCAAGCUCGCUCUUCUGGCCGAGAGGCAGGCCAAGUAUUACCUCAAGAGCCGCCAAGCGUUGAAUCUCAACCGAGAUCCUGCAGCGGAGCAGAAGCUACCGCCUUCACAACAGAAAGAAGAAACUAAGGACCCGGCGGCGAUGGAGGAGAAUACAGCUCUGGGAGAGCAGCUGAGCGUUCUUCAAACCCACUGCUUGGAGAUGCGGGAGUUGCUGCACGACCUGAGAGUGAGCAAGAGCUGCAGUAGCCAGGAAAGUGUUGAAUUCGGAGAUGAGGUCGCAGUGGAGCACUCCGAUGAACCCAUGAUGGCUAGGAAGGGAAGCUCCACGGCUGAAUCGGAGUCCGCAUCAAUGCAGAUACUUUACAGGAAUCCUGAGUCUUUUACGCUGAUGACCGGCUCCUCGCAACACAGCCAGAACAUCUAUAUCACGAAUAGCCACAUCCACAUCGGAGGGCCCGUUUUCUGCUCGGAUACCAACUUUAGCAUGGAGCUCUGCAGGCAGGCGUCCAUGUACUCUCGGAAGCAGAGCGAGUUCCUCCAAGUGUGGGGAAAAUACAUCACGGGCCCCAAGGAAGGCCCCAUGAUUGCGGCAAUGCAUUGCAACGACGUGCUUUUGUAAUGAGUGUCAAAAUUGACCUGAGUACGCUUAUUAAACAUUAUUGGGAGUUAAUUUAAAAUUA